AUGAAGGUUCCCAGCUACGAGUCCUCAUGGCCUGUGGAUGAAAUGUCUGCUGCACACCACAAAGUAGUGACCCCUCAUGGCUCCCCAGUGAAGGAGGCUCAUGUCCUUAAAGCACAAAUGAACUCCAUAGAUGUGGCCACACUGUACCUCCAACACGACUAUACCCAAGAUACUUUAAACAAGAAGGCUGCAGCGGGCAGGGACUACGAGGGAACCAUUCCCCAAGUGCUUCAAGACAGUGGAUAUCUCUCUCAGCACAACAGUCACUUAGAAGAUGAUACUGAAAACCAUGCACAGACUGUUCUGCCUGUUGUGGAACAAGAAGAGCGCGUUACACCCAAAGCCUCACCAAGGAAAUCUCCAGAGAAAAGAUCACCAAUGACUGUGUUCACUCCUUUGAUUCCUCACAAGAGAAAUGACUUCUAUUCCAUGUCGUCCACUCCUGCAGACAAAAAUGCCUCCAAACUGCCCAUACAAAUGUUUACAAAGGCAGUGUGUGAAGAACUUUCAAGAGCAUUUCAAAAGAAUAAAAGAUAUGACUUUAGCAUUGUCUCAAGGAUUGCAGAGAAUUACAAUUUGGACCGUGUGAUUGGAGGCCAUAUGGGCUUGGACUACGUGGAUGUUUUCGCUUCUCUGCUGUCCAGAAACAUGAAAUGCAUUCUAGCUCAAGUUCUGUCUUUGCUUGGAGACCUGGACCUGAUAAGUUGCACGAAAGUGAGCAAAACAUGGAGACAAAUCAUCAAUGAUGACCAGGCAGCUCUGAAGAGAUGUCAACAAGCUGAGAAGACAUUGCGAGAGUCUGAACUAGCCCAGAGGUUGACCAGUGGCCUAACAAGAGAUGCAAGUUUAUCCAGAGUGGUUCUGUCGGGUAUGCAGCACAUGGCCUCUGCAUUGCAGCCAAACAUGUCAACGCCUAACCGUACUCGCUUCGAUGAAUUUUCACAGGUUGCUGGCACACUGAAGCAGGGACAGUCCUUGCGGCCCUGUAAACGCUGUGGUUCCCCUGCAACGUUCUCUCGAGAGGCGCACAGGGCGACUUGUACCAGAAGCAGUUGUGAGUUUGUAUCUUGCACUCACUGUAACGAGUCCUUCCACGGAUCCACGCCCUGCAGACUGAGGCCACUGCGGUCAACCUCCUCAGUGUCCAAAACUUCCAGCCUCCUCCCGGGGAGCGCCCGCAGCAAGAGGAACGUCCGUCGCCUAUGA